GUAAAAGUGGGUGUAUCAUUGAGGGGGAAUCUUGAUGUGGAAUUGUUCGACGUUUUAGCCACCGGUUAUUAUUUUAGUGUCAUUUUGUUAAAUUUUUUAUUAAAAUUAUUUUUUGGAUUAUUGAAAUGAAUUAGUCAGAUAAUUAUUGACUAUCUCGACCAAAAUGAUCGGGGGUCUAUUUGUUUAUAACCAUAAAGGUGAAGUUUUAAUAUCUCGUGUUUAUCGUGAUGAUAUUGGACGUAAUGCAGUUGAUGCAUUUCGUGUUAAUGUCAUACAUGCAAGACAACAAGUUAGAUCACCAGUUACAAAUAUUGCACGUACAUCAUUUUUUCAUAUUAAAAGAGCUAAUAUUUGGUUAGCAGCUGUAACCAAACAAAAUGUUAAUGCUGCUAUGGUUUUUGAAUUUUUACUUAAAAUAAAUGAUGUUAUGCAAUCAUAUUUUGGUAAAAUAUCUGAAGAAAAUAUUAAGAAUAAUUUUGUCUUAAUAUAUGAACUACUUGAUGAAAUUCUUGAUUUUGGUUAUCCACAAAAUUGUGAUACUGGUGUAUUGAAGACUUUUAUCACUCAACAAGGUGUUAAAUCAGCAACAAAAGAAGAACAAUCACAAAUAACAUCUCAAGUUACUGGACAAAUUGGCUGGAGAAGAGAGGGAAUUAAAUAUCGUCGAAAUGAAUUAUUUCUCGAUGUUUUGGAGUAUGUUAAUUUACUCAUGAGUCCACAGGGACAAGUACUAAGUGCACAUGUUGCUGGAAAAGUUGUUAUGAAAUCAUAUCUAUCUGGAAUGCCUGAAUGUAAAUUUGGAAUAAAUGAUAAAAUAGUUAUGGAGUCACGUAGUACAAAAGGUGGUGGUGGUGUUGGUACAUUAGGUGGUGAUGAUCCAACAGGUGCUAGAUCUGGUAAACCAGUUGUUGUUAUUGAUGAUUGUCAAUUUCAUCAGUGUGUUAAACUUUCGAAAUUUGAAACUGAACAUUCCAUUAGUUUCAUACCACCUGAUGGAGAAUUUGAACUUAUGAGGUAUCGUACAACAAAAGAUAUAUCAUUGCCAUUCCGUUUGAUUCCAUUGGUACGUGAAGUUGGCCGUACUAAAAUGGAAGUUAAAGCUGUAUUAAAAUCAAAUUUUAAACCUUCAUUACUUGGACAAAAAAUUGAAGUACGUGUACCAACACCAUUAAAUACAGCUGGUGUACAAUUAAUUUGUUUAAAAGGUAAAGCUAAAUAUAAAGCAUCUGAAAAUGCAAUUGUAUGGAAAAUAAAACGUAUGGCUGGAAUGAAAGAAACUCAAUUAUCUGCUGAAAUUGAUCUUCUUGAAACUGAUACUAAAAAAAAAUGGACAAGACCACCAAUAUCAAUGAAUUUUGAAGUACCAUUUGCACCAUCUGGCUUUAAAGUACGUUAUUUAAAAGUUUUUGAAUCAAAACUUAAUUAUUCUGAUCAUGAUGUUAUUAAAUGGGUUAGAUAUAUUGGUAGAAGUGGUCUUUAUGAAACAAGAUGUUAAUAAUACUCAUGAAUAAAUGAAAAAAAAAAUAAAAUAAAAUAAACAUUUAAAACAGUAAAAUAAAAACAAAAUUUAAUGUUUGAAGUUUAAAUAAUAAAUAAAAUUAAAUUUACACUAUUAAAAAGAACAAGAAUAAAAAACAAUGAAGUAUAAAAAAAAUUAGUUAAUGAAAAUAUAUACAAUAACUUGAUUCCAAAGAGCCAAAUAUUAUGUCUUGGAUGAUAAUGCGCAGAAUCCUACGAAAUCUAUAUUUUUCGUAUUGAUUAUCAAACAGUAGUUGUGUCUUAAAAAUUAAUUUUUUUUGAUUGACAUAUUAUGAAAAUUAAUUAAAAGAUAAAAAAGGUUACAAGGACGUCUUUGGUAUCAGUGUUAGACAUUUAAAAAAAGGGAAAUAAAUAUAAAAUAUUAUUACAAAAUUAUUAAAAUUAUGAUAAAAAAAAAAAAAAAA